AUGUUCAAAUAGACAAAAGGAAAUGAAGGUUUCAAACUUCCAAGAAUAGAGAAGACCCAUACUUAUGUUCUUUAGUCUAAUCGAGAUUCAAUUGAUUUCCUUUUAGGGAAAAAUAAAAACGAUAUUGCUCCUUUAUUAAGGCCAGAGAAGAAAUUAACAACAGAAUUGCUUACAAACAGACUUGCUCGUCGUGGUAGUCAAAUUCUGGAUAAUUCUUCGUAGGUGUUUAUGCCUAUACAAUAAACUUAGAGAAAGAUCAGUCAAAUGGAGUGUAAAUAUGAUAUUCAGAAUUUUUUUACUCUGGAACCAACACAAGAGAUCAAAAAGCCAAUAGUUGUUACUAAAAUAAAUCGUGUGCCGAAGCAUUACCGCUUGCAAAAUUUCACUGAUUGGGUAGAGAAGUUAUAUGGUUAAGAUUGGUUCAAUGAUUAAAUAUGA